GUAUUUUCAGACGCCAUGAUAGAAAAAUAUACAUGCAAAGGGGGUGAAGAGAAGAAGAAACUUGGCAGCAGCAUCAGCCACAAAAUGGAAGGAGAACUAUUUCUCACAGAAAAGAUCAUAUUAUCGGUGGUGUUGGGUGGCUUCGUAUGUCUGUUUGUAUAUAUAUAUAAUAUUUCAGUGUUGAGGACGAAGAGAUUAAGAUCAAUUCUUCAGAACCAAGGUAUUAAAGGCCCAUUGCCUUCUUUUCUAUACGGAAAUAUACCUGAAAUGAAGAGAAUCCAACUUCAGUUCCAAUCAAGAUCGGCAACCACCCCAGAAAACUGCAAUCGCCACCUUGAAGACAGUGAUGUUGCUCAUGACUGGCCGACCUCCAAUUUUCCCUACAUUGAGCAGUGGCGAAACAAAUAUGGACCAAUAUUCACUUACUCAAAUGGGAACAUACAGAUCCUGUGCAUAAUAGACCCAGAGAUGGCAAAGGUAUUGAGCCUCUGUACCUCUUUAAGCCUCGGAAAGCCUUCAUUUCUAGCAAAGGAGAGGAGACCCUUGUUAGGACAGGGCAUUCUAACCUCAAAUGGCCCAUAUUGGGAACAACAGAGAAAAAUGAUUGCACCACAAUUCCACCUUGACAAGGUUAAGGGAAUGGUGAACCUAAUGGUGGACUCCACAACUGCAAUGCUUGAAUCCUGGGAGAAAAAAACUAAAACAGAGAGAGGGACCGCAGAAAUUAGACUUGAAGAUUAUUUAGGGAGUUUGUCAGCUGAUAUAAUUUCAAGGGCUUGUUUUGGAAGCAACCAUGCCGAAGGAGAGAAAAUAUUUUCAGCACUCAGAACCAUUCAAAAGUUCAUGUCUACUGGAAACCUGCUAGUUCGUGCCUCAAGAAAAAGUAACAGAGAGAUGCAGAAAUUGGAGAAAGAUAUCCAUUCAAUGAUACUAAAGGUAGUUAAAGCACGCAAUGGGGCUAAAUUGGAGAAAAACCUCUUACAAAGGAUACUUGAGGCUGCUAAGAAUUAUGGAGACACUGGUGAUCUACCCCAGGAUAUUACUCCCAGCACGUUCAUAGUGGAUAACUGCAAGAGCAUAUACCUUGCUGGCCAUGAGACUAUUGCUGUCUCAGCAGAAUGGUGUUUGAUAUUAUUAGCUCAAUAUCCAGAGUGGCAAGCUCGUGCUCGUUCAGAGGUGUUCGAGAUCUGUGGAGAGAAACUUCCAGAUGCCAAUAUGCUUCGAAGCAUGAAAACACUAAAUAUGGUGAUUCAAGAGACAUUGCGCCUUUACCCACCAAUACCAUUUUUGGUAAGAGAAACCUUCCAGGAUAUGGAUUUCAAAGGCAUUCAAAUUCCAAAAGGCACCAACCUUCAGAUCUUCGUAUCAAUGUUGCACCAGAACCAGGACACAUGGGGACCUGAUGUGCACAAAUUCAAACCAGAAAGAUUUGCUCAUGGAACUCUGGGGGCUUGCAAAUUUCCACAGGCUUAUAUGCCAUUUGGCAUUGGUCCUCGUACAUGUGCAGGCCAACACUUUGCAAUGGCAGAACUAAAGGUGAUUUUAUCUCUCAUUCUCUCAAGGUUCAGCUUCUCACUGUCCCCCACAUAUCAACAUUCCCCUACAUUUAGGUUAUUUUUAGAGCCCAAACAUGGAGUUACACUCCAUAUCAGGAGACUGUGAGCUCCACUGUUCUACUGAGGAGAAUAAAUUCUCUUUUCUAUCUUGUCUAUAAACUACCAAUUAAGGUUUGUGAUGGUAUAGGCACUUUAAGUGUAAAUAUUUUUCAUAUUCAAAAUAUUUAGAUGGAUGCUUGUCAGGAUCAAGUGAUACUAGAAAUGCAUAUUGAAGUGGUUCUGGGGCUGGUUUUAAU